UCCUCUCAUUGCCUCCUAACAAGUGAUCCUCCAAAAUUCUCCUCUUUUCUUCCCUCCAAAAUUUCUCUAAAAAAUUCUCCAAAAAACCCCACUAGAAAAUCUUCCUAUUAUUUGGAAAACAUGGACUCAAUAAUAAAAUCAGAAAAAUUUAGAGCUAUGAAGUGUUACAAGAACAGCCAAUUUGUCUACAACCUCAUCCUUUCUUCUUUUGUUGCACUAACAUGCAGUUUCUUUUGUUCCCAUCCUUUCGGUUUUGCUUCACAAACUUCUUCAAUAAAAUACUCUCUCUUUAUCUAUCUCCCAAAUAUUUGGUCCUCCUUCCUUAACCCCAAGUGCUUGUUCAUAGUGUUUAAUGUCAUAGUUGCCUUCCUCGUUGGUGAAUCCAAACUCCUCGGCUCUCAGCCAUCUCCGGCUAAUGAUAUCUACGACGAGUACGUUGCGAGGAGUCGAAGAUUUCAAGGACAGCACAAGUACUUUAGUAAUCUUGGAGAGGAGCAAAAAGAAGAAAGGAAGUUGGAGGUAUUGGAUGUGAGUAAGGAAAUUGUGUAUGAAGAUAAAGAAAUAGCACUUGAAGAUAAACAAGAUAAACAUGACCAUGAAAAGUUGGAAGAAGAAGAAGAAGAAGAAGAAGAAGAAGAUGAUGAUGAAGAAUUUAAAGAAGCUGAAAACAAUAUUGAUAGUGAACAUGAGGAAAGAGAUUGCGAGGAAGACUCCGAAGGAUUGCCGGCAGAGGAACUAAACCGAAGAGUUGAAGAUUUUAUUGCAAGGAUUAACAAACAAAGGUGGUUUGAAGCUAGAAUGAUGAUAUGUGGUCAAGCAUAAUUAGGGCAUUGGAUAAUGAAUACCACGUAGAAAUGAAAAGAAGAUCAUCAGUUCUUGUUAUUUCAUCUUGUUGAUCAAUAGAAUCAGUAUUUUAUCUGUUUAUUUAGUGGUGGAAGUUUGUGUAAUUCUGCUACUGUGGAUUAGGUAAUUUGUACCUUUAGAUUUGUUAAUUACAUAUGUAUGUAACAAUUUUCUGUCAUAAAUUUUGGUCCAU